CACGGCAGAGGGGGCAGAGUGGCUCCUCAGAGCAAGGAAGGUAGUUAGGUUGAGGGAACCUAGUUUUGCCCAGGUGCCCCUGCCCAAACCCCUGGGCCCCACCCAUGGCAAGGGAGACCUUCCCCUUCACCUCCUCCACGCUGCGCUCUCUCCGCUUGCAGCGGGAGUGGCUGGAAUGGGAAGACCGCCGGCUGGCAGCUGCCCAACAGUGCCGGAACCGAAGGUGCCCGUCAAGUCCCCGGGCUCGACUCACUAGGCCUCACCGUUCCUGUGGAGACCCAGCUGUCCACCAUGCCCUGUUCUCCGGCGACCUGCAACAGGUCCAAGUCCUGUUCCAAGAUGAAGAGGCUGCCAACAUGACUGUGGAGACCGUGAGCAACCAGCUGGCCUGGUCAGCUGAACAGGGGUUCUGGGUGCUGACCCCCAAGGCCAAGCUGACGGCACCCCUCACCAUCGCUGCAGCCCGAGGCUACACAGACUGUGCUCGUCACCUGAUCCAGCAGGGAGCUGAGCUGGAUGCCCGUGUCGGGGGUCGCACUGCCCUGCACGAAGCCUGUGCCCAGGCCCAGCUUGACUGUGUGCGGCUGCUGCUGACUUUCGGAGCCAAGGCUAAUGUGCUGUCCGAGGAAGGCACAACUCCCCUGCACCUCUGCACAACUCCUGAGUCCUUGCAGUGCACCAAGUUGCUGCUGGAAGUGGGAGCGACGGUGAACCUGGCUGCAGGCGAGAGCCAGGAGACGCCCCUGCACGUGGCGGCGGCACGCGGCCUGGAGCAGCACGUGGCUCUGUACCUGGAGCAUGGUGCCGACUUGGGCCUGCGCACCAGCCAGGGCGAGACGGCGCUGAACGCAGCGUGCGCAGGGGCCGAGGGCCCGGGCAGCUGCAGGCAGCACCUGGCGGCGGCCCGCCGGCUCCUGGAGGCUGGAGCUGAUGCCCGGGCGGCCGGGCGCAAGCGCCACACGCCGCUGCACAACGCCUGUGCCAACGGCUGCGGGGGCCUGGCCGAGCUGCUGCUGCGCCACGGGGCCCUCGCUGAGGUCCCCAAUGGGGCAGGCCACACACCCAUGGACUGUGCACUGCAGGCCGUCCAGGAUGCCCCCAACUGGGAGCCUGAGGUCCUCUUCGCGGCACUGCUGGACUACGGGGCCCAGCCUGUGCGCCCUGAGAUGCUGAAAUACUGUGCCAACUUCCCUCGGGCCCUGGAAGUCCUGCUUAAUGCCUAUCCUUGUGUCCCAUCCUGUGAGACCUGGGUGGAGGCGGUGCUCCCAGAGUUGUGGAAGGAGCAUGAAGCCUUCUACAGCUCAGCCCUGUGCAUGGUGAAUCAGCCAAGGCGGCUGCAGCACCUGGCCCGACUAGCUGUCCGUGCUCGGUUGGGAAGCUGCUGCCGGCAGGGUGCCACCCAGCUGCCACUGCCCCCGCUCCUCAGGGACUACCUGCUGCUGCAUGUGGAGGGGCGCAUCCAGUGAGCCCCAUGUCAGGCUGUUCCCAUGGUGUGUUCUGCCCCUUCUACCUGUCCCCGCCUCCAAUCCCAGAGGACCAGUCCCUGGCCCUCUUUUCUUUCUCUUUUUUUUUUUUUUUUUUUUUUGAGAUGGAGUUUU